AUGCUCCCAAUAAGUUUCACGAGCCAACUUGGAACUUUUGGAAGUUUCAGUGAUUCAAAAUUGUCCCAGAACCAAGCACGUUUCUGCGAAAGCUUUUUGGCCUGUGUGGAAAAUGAAGAUACUAGCAGAAGCUUGGACCUUGCUGUUUUUAUGCGUUUUUCUGGGUUCAGGUCUUUCUCUCUCACUCACUCACUCGAUGCAUUAAAACACGGGCUUAUAUCUCUAUAUUUGCUUACUAAUCUUGGAGUUUUUUGCGAUAGAAAUUCAAACUUACAUUUUUCUAGUGCCAACCAGUGUUUGAUAGAGCCCAAGACAGCUCAACAUGGAGGAGGGAUAAUAGCUAAUCCAGAUUUUACUCAUGGCUUGGAGGGGUGGACUGUAUAUGGACAAGGGGCAACGAAAGAAGAAAUAUCGAAGAAUGGAAACAGAUUUAUUGUUGCAUGUAACAGAACACAAUCACUAGAUAGUAUCUCCCAAAAAGUCCAAUUAGAGGGGGGACAUAUCUACAGCUUCUCUGGUAAGUUUUCCAAGUUUUCUCAUGUGGCAAGAAGUGAAAGGGUAGCUGUUGUUUUCAAAAUUCCUCAUACUGAACUUGUUAUCGGUGGGAGAGUUCUGGCAAGGAAUGGAUGCUGGUCUUUGCUAAAAGGUGGUAUAUUUGCAAAUUUUACAAGCCAUGCUGAUAUUCUAUUUGAGAGCAACAAUACAGCAACUGAAAUAUGGGUGGACAGUGUAUCAUUGCAACCAUUCACCUUGGAGCAAUGGAGAGCCCAACAAGACAAGAGGAUUGAUAAGGAACGGAAGAGCAAGGUGACGUUCAAGUUAACUUAUGGCAACGGAACUGCAAUGGAUGGUGUGAUUGUUUCCAUUAAACAAACCAGGCCAGAGUUUCCAUUUGGAUGUGGCAUGAACUUCCAUAUUAUUGACAGCACAGAUUACCAAAACUGGUUUGCUUCAAGAUUCAAGUAUACUACUUUCACCAAUCAAAUGAAGUGGUACAGCAACGAGCCAAAACAGGGACAAGAAAACUAUACUGUUUCAGAUACUAUGGUAAGGUUUGCCCAGAAAAAUGGCAUUUCUAUCAGAGGUCACAACAUUUUAUGGGAUGAUCCAAAGUACCAGCCAGAGUGGGUUAAAAAUCUUACAUCAGAUGAAUUAAGAAAAGCUGCAGCAAAAAGAGUAAAUUCGGUGGUUUCAAGAUACUCAGGGCAACUAAUUGCGUGGGAUGUAAUGAACGAAAAUCUGCAUUUCAGCUUCUUUGAGGAUAAACUUGGCAAAAAUGCUUCUGCCAAGUACUUCAAAAGAGCUUAUGAGCUCGACCCCAAGACAACAAUGUUCUUGAACGAAUUUAAUACCAUCGAAUAUAGCAACGAUGAAGAUGUAGACACAAUCAAUUACAUGAAGAAACUAGAUGAAAUUUCAUCAUAUCCUGGAAACCAAGGAAUUUUAGCAGGCAUUGGUUUAGAAGGCCAUUUCGGCAUUGGCCAACCAAACCUUGCUUACAUGAGAUCUGUCUUGGACAUUCUAAGUUCAACAGGAUUGCCUAUAUGGCUUACUGAAGUGGAUGUCGUCAAAGAAGCAAAUCAGGCAGAGUACCUGGAGCAGAUACUAAGGGAAGGUUAUUGCCAUCCUGCUGUUAAAGGGAUCAUAAUGUUUGCUGGACCAGCAACAGCCGGAUUCAACGCUACAACCUUAGUAGACAAGAACUUCAAAAAUACCCCAUCAGGUGAUGUUGUGGACAAACUGAUUGAAGAAUGGAGAACUAAACCUACAGAAACUAAAGCAGAUGGUGAGGGAUCCUUCAAAAUGUCGCUGUUUCAUGGAGAUUACAACAUAACUAUAAAAAACCCUGUGACAAAUUGCUCAACUACUUUGAGUUACACGGUGACAAAAGGCACUACUUAUAUUCAUAUUAAUGCAUGA